AUGGGAAAGAAAAGGAAGCCUUCACCGGAGCGGUCCAGUGACGAGGACGAAGUCUCGACUCCGUCCCCAAAGGAUCGGACAGCCCGUCCAACUGCAGCAGCCAGAAGGGAAAACGUCGCCCUCAGUCAGGCCGUGGCACUUUCCCUCGAAGAUGCCAGUAAUUUCUGCAGUCUGGCCUUCAGCUUGGAACGGAUCAAGCGGGAGCCAGUGGAUACCGACUACGAUGACCCAAAUCAACCCGGCCCAUCUUCGGUGCCAGUCAGUGCAAGAACUGAUCAUGUUCUUCCAAUACGAUUCAAGAUCAAGGCAGAGCCACAAGAAUAUGAUUCUGAUGAAUACGGCAAAGAUCACGGCGCGGUCCAAAUUGCCAACAAAGAAGUUCCAGCUAUUUCACCAAUUGAAGAGGUUUCACAGAAACGGAGAGGUCGUCCUCGAAAAACUGAUGCUGCUCAACAUCUAUUCUUCCCACAUGUUUCUAUAAAACAGGAACCCGAUGACGGAUUUAUAAACUUCCAUGAAAGCCGUUGUGUUGGCAUUGCUCAAGAUCCAGAGAUGCAACACUUACACGAUGUAAAUGAAUCGCAUAGUUCAGAAAUUGCAAUUUUCAGAGAAACGAAAAAAAUAACUGAACGAAAAAAGAAGAAAACUGAGGCUGAAAAGUUAUGGGAUAAUAUGUCCUUAACAGAAAAAGAAGUAUUUCAAUCUCAUACAAGAAGGAGAAGAACUACCCGUUUGCCAAUUAUUCAGAAUUUUGAAGAAACUGAAGAAGGAUGUAUAGUUGAAGUUCCAAUUCCACUUAUUGAUCUUGACAAUGAUGCUGUUGAAAGUGUUACAGGCCCACAACAUGAAAACGUAACUGUAUCAGAAAAUGUCCUGAGUACAGAAAGCACAGAUCAGGAAGUAACUGAAACAAAACGGCUCCACGACAGCAGCAGGGAUUUUAAUCCCCCAAGAAUUCAAGAUACACCUUCAACGGUUAUCCGCCCCGAAGGCGACCAGAAAGAUCCAAUGUCGUCGACUUCGUCAAAACGCCGAAACACAAACAAUUCUCGCUGUGCGAGCCUGCUUUCAAACCCACACUCGACUCCGGUGACAAGACUUAUGCGAGGAAUUCUCGAUUCGGAAAAUUCAGAUAACGAUGAAAUGUUAUCGAAUGAUCAAUCAGAAAUAGCAAAACGACCUCGCACACCACGUCCUCGAUAUUCUCCAGAAGCUCAGCGGCGAACAAAUUCUCGUCUGAGCGCAUUGACAAUUGACACAAAUCGAAGUAAUGAUCUCAACGUAGACGGAUCAGCUCCAAGUAGCAGUAGUGCUGCAUCAUGCGGAUUGUCAACGCCUGACCCGGAUCGUACUUCGCAACAGAGAAGAAAAGGGAAUCAAUCAGCGGCUCGAUCUCGAAAAAUAAAAACUCCAUCGCCUCCGUUAUCUCAAGAAGAUGAGCCAAUGGAAUUGGAUUCAGAUGAUGAUCCCGUAAAUGAGCUCGAUAAUCUACCAAUUGUCAUUGAUGAUCCCAGUUAUGUGUUAACAAAGGAGCAUAAAGAAAUAUUCGAACAAGUGAAAAAAUCGGUCAGUGAUAGAAACGAAUUUUCUCCUGCUCAAAUUUCCGAAAUAUAUCGAUCAUCGAAAGGAGAACAGGCUCGACUACCAGAAAGAAUACAUUUUGGAGCAUUUAUUAUGAAGACAUGGUAUGGAUCUCCAUUCCCUGCUGAAUUCAUCAAUGUCAAAAAGCUAUUCAUCUGUGAAUUCUGUUUUUUCUACGCACGAUCCGAUGAGAUUAUGCAGAAUCAUGCAAAGAAAUGUAUGCUUCGAGCGCCGCCUGGUCUGGAAAUUUAUCGAAAAGGGGACAUUUCUGUAUUUGAAGUAGACGGACGGUUGCAGAAAGAAUACUGUCAAACAUUGUGUCUCGUUUCAAGGAUGUUUUUGGAAAGCAAAACUGUAUUCUACGACACGGAACCUUUCUUUUUCUACAUUGUUACAAUAAAUGACGACAUUGGAUGUCAUUUCGCUGGUUACUUCAGUAAAGAAAAAUACGAGCCAGAUGUCAAUAAUCUAUCGUGCAUAAUGACUUUACCGUGUUAUCAAGAAAUGGGUUUAGGCCGAUUUCUUAUUGAUAUUAGUUAUGCAUUGUCUCGAAAAGAAAAAUGGUUUGGUGGUCCUGAGCAACCAUUAUCGGAACUCGGCCGAAAAGCCUAUGGUGGUUACUGGAGAACAACUAUUGCAUCAUGUCUCGGACGUCUAAAAGAUGAAUUAGAAUUUGGAUCAGGAAUUUCGAUUAAAAUGAUCGCGGACGAUACGGGUGUCAACUGUCAUGACAUUUUAGAAGUUGUAUGUUCCCUUGGCUGGGCGAAACCAGUCGAUCCCGAUGAGAAAAAUCAUUACAAGCUCGAAUGGGAUGUCGACUGGGAUAUGGUUUCGAUAAUUCUCCGAGAGAGUGAAGCUAGUAAAGAAACAAAAGUUCAAUAUGAUCCAGAAUGUCUUGAUUGGGUUCCUCGAAAAAUGCGACCAUCAAUGGACGGUUAUCACGAGCUUUCAAAAGAGGAGAUUGAGCAAGAUGAGCAAAGAAGAAAAAGCAUACAGAAAACACCAGUCCACGUGUCAAUGGAAAAAGCAACACCCACAAGUACAACCAGUCUGCCUGUUGGCUCAGUUAAAAAAGAACUAAGAAGUCGGGGGCACAAUCGUUCAGUCGGUAGAAACCUGAAGCAUGAAGUUAACAGAAAAGUUAAAGUUCCGGAAUGGGCAGCUGCUAGAGAUCUCACUGAUGAAGAGAUUACUGUAGAAGAAAAUAAAAAACAACAGAAACAAAACAGGAAAAUCUUCACGAGAUGUGCAGACUCUGUUCUCGAUAAGUCAAAUAUUCGCGAAGAAACUCCCGAAGAUGACGAACCCGGACCAUCCACAAAGCCAUCCGGAAAACGACAACGGGGUAACAAAUGCAAUAAUACCGAAUCGGAACCAAAUCCUUCUGGUCGAAAAACUUCAGCAACCUCGUCAGGUCGAGGAAAAUAUCGUAAUAGAAGAACAGAUGGAACUGAAGAAGAGGAGGAAGACGAUGAUCCGACAGAUUCCGAACCUUUAACCACUGAUGAUGAAAAACCCUUUGAGACAUCCGUUAACAAGGAAAAGAAUGAAAAAUCGAGAAGAGGAAAGAAAGUUUCUAAAAAGCGAAGGUCAGUGGCUGGAAAGAAAUUCCCACCAAACUUUGGAGUCAGAGAUCGAGAUGAACCUAAAAAGGCUGAAAAUUCUGAAGAUGGUGAGGGUCUUGAGAGUAAGCCUGGACCAUCAACAGAGAUGAUUCUUGUGGAAAAGGUUGAAGAAGAAGAAGCGAAAGUCACUGUAUCAGAUAUAAAUAUGCAAGCUUCUGAAUCGAAGAUUGAAGGCAUCGAACAAACAUCAGAAGUAGAUAUUCCAAAAAGUGACGAGGAUCAUCAAUCGACAGAAGCUUAUGAUAGAGUAGAAGACGAGGUUCCGAUAACGGACUACAAUAUUCCCACACCUGAUUCCUACCAUUCUUCUCCACCUCAUUCUCCAACACCUUCUCCUCAGCCUCAACUGAUGCAGGCACAACAAAACAUAUAUCAGGACAAUGAUUGUCAUUUUGCUGAGAAUGACAGUAAACCACCUCAUCUGGUGUCUGAAGUAGAUGAUCCUGCAGCGCCACAGCCAACUGUAACUCUUCAAAGUGGACCUUCAGAUGCACCACCUCUUUCCCAUAAUUCAGUGGACGGAUAUUCGACUGGAGACGACGAUGCGCCACCAAAUCUGUCACCACAAAUUGGGAAAAGUGAAAAUAAUGAAGAAGAAAUGCCGUUGAUUGCUCCAAUUGUGCAGCACAAUGGUAUAACUCAUCACGAGGAAUCUACUGCUCAACAUUAUCACGAUUCAAUGAAUGCAGGACCAUCGACAUCAUCUCAUGUAACACCACAAAUGAGCAUGAUUAAUACAACUCCACAACAACCUCCAUUCUCUCAUCCCAACUCACAGCAGCAAGCGACGCCUGGAUCGGGAGGUGUUCCAUCAUGUGGUCCAGCCUACACUCAUCAUACUCCAGAACAACAAAGUCAACAAUUCAUGAGUCCUCCCAUGGCUGGAAUGCCUGCUUCUGUUGCAUCCAAUCAUUCAAUCCAUAAUAGUAAUUCUAUUGAAAUGGUUGGUGGACCUGCUUCGCUUCAGCAUACUCCUCAGCAAUAUGAGAUGGGACAUUCAAUGGCUCAGAUGUCUCAGGAGAGUGCAAUCGGAGGAAUCAAUACUGUGCCUAGUAUUGAGCAACAAAAUCAGCUCAUGUUACAACAUCAUCAGUUUAGCAGUCCUCCAGCUGCUCCUCCUCCAUCUCAACAACAACAAGUUGUUCAGCCUCCAAUUCCACCUGCACCUACCACCGCCAAUGGCCGAAGAAGGUCCGAAUCGGCUGCUACACAACGGACUAAGGCGAGACAACAGCAUCAACAUCAGCAACAACAACCGCAGCAACCACAACAGAGAAUAGCAGCUCCUGGUGUACCUCAAGGAGUUCAUCCACAGAUGCAAUUCCCAAUGAACGCAAUGAAUAUGAUGCCAGCAUAUCCACCGUUCUAUCCAUACACCAACUAUCCUAAUAUUUGGCAGCCCCCGUAUCAGAAUUAUCCAUACAACCAAGUGGACUAUCAGCAGCCAUGGUUGUAUAACAAUGGACAUAUUCCGCAUCAAACAAAUGGAACUGCCACCAAUCAGUUCCAUCCAGGGCACAUGGGAUAUUUCCCCAACAAUAAUGGUCGAUAAACGUGUAAUUUCUUUUUUUCUGUGUUUUGUUUUAACAGGGUCGUUGUUUUUAAUUAAGAGCUUGUAAAUUCCAUCUUCUUGAUUCAUAAUUCUCUGAUUUUUUACCAUUUCUAUUUGAAAAAAUUCACUUUCAAUUCGCUAGAUUUCCCAUGUUACGGCCAACUUUAUGAAUUGAUUUUCUAGUGCCAAUCCCUCGGUCAAAUUGCCUUAAUCGACGUAGCUUUAGUUGUUCAUUUCCUUUUGUUUCCAAAAACAACUACUCAACCUCAUCCCGAUUCCUAUUUCGAUUUGAACAUCUCAUUCUCCACUCAAUGACUUUUUUUCUGUUUUUCUUGUGAAUAAUUUCAAUUUUAUUUAUUUUAUGCAUUGCUCUAUGUAUUUCCUUUACCUUCUUCAUUGUUUCCAAAAGUUUUAAAACAAAUAAUGAAAAGAUUUAUCAUA